AUGAAUAAUCCCGAAGAAAAUCCAACUGCAAAUAAUUUGAAUGCAUUACGUGCUGAUGUAACAGCAACAACAGAUGUUUUGAAAGUAACAGUUGAUAAAUUAGUUCAACGUGGAGAAAAUCUUGAUGCACUCAAUAAUCGAGCAGAUGAUUUAUAUUCAACUUCAUAUCAUUUCCGUGGAGCAGCAAGACGCGUAAAUCGAAAUAUGAGAUGGAAAAACAUCAAAUUAACUGUUUUUCUUGCUCUUGUUGUGAUCGUGGUCAUUGCCUUUAUUGUAUUAAUGGCUCUUCAUCCAUGGAAGAAAUGA